AUGGCCUACACUAAGAUCGCUUUACUAGCCGCUUUUUCUGCUUUUGCUUUUGCCCAAACCCAAGAAGAAAUUGACGAAUUGAACGUUAUUUUGAAUGAUGUUAAAUCGAAUUUGCAAGAAUACAUCAGUUUGGCCAGUGAUUCAUCUUCUGGUUUCAGUUUAAGCAGCUUACCAUCUGGUGUUUUGGACAUCGGUAUGGCCAUAGCUUCCGCCACUGAUGACUCCUAUACUACUUUGUACUCUGAAGUCGAUUUUGCUGCUGUAAGCAAGAUGUUAACUAUGGUGCCAUGGUACUCUUCUAGAUUGGAACCGGCAUUAGAAUCUUUAUUGGGAACCUCUGCCACUACCACCUCUUCUGCCGUUGCUACCACCUCUUCUGCCGUUGCUACCACCUCUUCUGCUGCUGCUACCACCUCUUCUGCCGUUGCUACCACCUCUUCUGCCGUUGCUACCACCUCUUCUACUGCUGCUACCACCUCGUCUGCUGCUGCUACCACCUCGUCUGCCGCUGCCACUACUUCUUCUGCUGAUGCCACUACCUCUUCUGCUAAGGUUUCUACUGUUGUUUCUUCAGCUAAGACCUCUGGUUCUGUUUCUGCCAUUUCUCAGAUUACAGACGGUCAAGUCCAGGCUACGAGCACUGUUGCUGAACAAACCGAAAAUGGUGCUGCUAAGGUUGCUGUUGGAAUGGGAGCCGGUAUCAUGGCUGCUGCCGCCAUGUUGUUGUAA